AUGGAGCGGCCAAUUUCGGUGGCUGCGUUAUUGCAUGAUGAAUGGUUCCGACUUCCGACUCCCGAAUCCAAUCAUUCUGCAACCAUGCUCGCGCUGUUCACAUCUUUGGCAAAAGGAAUAUCAGAGAAGAUGAGGGUUGUAUUUGUUUUGCUAGCAUGCACUCUGCUUCUAAUAACUGGCUUCCUCUGUUCGUCUGUUUCGUCCACAAAUGAUGCAUAUCCAACUGGAUAUGGUGAUGAAUCUGGUUCUUGUAUGAGUCACAGGGAAGGUUUAAAGCCUCUGAGGAGAGAAAUCUAUUAUGGAGGCGGAGAGAUAAUAGAUAUCACCCAUAAGUUAACUCCCAAUACGCCUGGGGGAACUAUUGAGGGUUGCGGUGAAUAUCUUAGUCUUGUGAAGAGCAUGAAGAACGGGUCUGAUUCGAAUGCCUCCGAAAUGAAACUACAUGUUCAUGUUGGCACUCAUGUUGAUGCUCCGGGACAUAUUUAUGAUCACUAUUAUGAUGCUGGAUUUGAUGUUGACAGCCUAGACCUCAGAGUUCUAAAUGGCCUGGCUUUGGUAGUUGAUAUUCCAAGGGACAAGAACAUAACAGGUGUCCUUAACUCAAUCAAAAUCCACGACUGACUCUAAUUUGUAUAGUGCCAGUUCUAAGAAAUGAGGUCCAACAUCAUUGAGGAUAGUUGUUUUUUAACAUUAGGGAUGAUAUGCCCUUGGAUCCGGAACUAAGGGUUAUUAAAACCCUCUUGAACGAGGGUCUAGAAGUGUGUUUUGUGAAUAUAUAGGGAUGACAAUGUUUGUGCUGAUACUCUAGCUAAAGCGGCACUUAGUUUGAACAGGGGUUAUAUAUUUUUGAUGACUCCCCACAGUUCAUUUCUAUGUUAAUAGAGCAAGACUUUAGAAGAUGCCCUGAUUAAGGCUUCGGCCUCUGUUAAUAUAAUAUUUUGACCCCCCCAAAAAAAAGGAUAGUUGUUUUCUGCAUAUCUUUAUUAAUAUUUUGACCCCCCCAAAAAAAAGGAUAGUUAUUUUCUGCAUAUCUUUUAUGCACUUCAUUCAACUAAUUCUGUGGGUGGAUCCUGUGUGGGAGUAGAAACCAGUGGAUGGCAAAGUUCACAUGCUAAUUUUAUUGCUCGUGUUUCUCUAUUGGAAAUGAGUAUCUUUCAUCAAGGAAAAGAAGUAUCUUUAGAAUCUGUCUUAUCUUAGUGCCUAUAAUCUGAGAUAAUUAACUGCAAAUGAUAUAGUUGAGCUGUUCAUUGAUUCUUUUGGUUUUGGUAUGCUUGCCUGAGUUACAUACACACUCGGUCCUCAUGUUGUUUUCUUUUUUCUCUUACUAUUUCCAGCUGAAGUGAUGAAGGCCUUAAACAUCCCCAGGGGAAUAAAACGAGUACUCUUCAGAACGUUGAACACUGACAGGUGACUUAGUGAUCUACUUUGUUUAGCAUGUGCAGCCAAUCCAAUUUAAACAAGAAUGAUACGGGUAAUGCAGAAAAUUCUUCGUACAGCGUUCUGUGGUUUUUGCCAAUAGUAUAAGUUUUCCUCAUACUUAACUGAUGUGGACAUCAAAUUCAACUAGAUGCAUGAGAAUGACCUUCAAGUUUACUAAUGUGGUAGUUUGAUGCUUAACAUGGCUGAGAUUAUUCUGUUCUUUUUACUUGGCUUGCCAAUAAAUACUUUGCUCGUUUCACUUCUAGAAUAUGUGCAGUAGAAAGAAGCUGAAAUAAUGCACGUGCAUCAUCUACUGAUCUAAAAAUACAAUGUGAAUUCAGAGAGCUGUAUUUGCAUAACUGAAAGGAAGUGGCAAUGAGAUGCAAGUUGACAGUGAUCCUGCUGAAAUUCAAUUGAACCUUGGCUUAUUUCAUUUUCAGGCGCCUCAUGUAUACGAGACAGAUUGAUUUAAGCUUUGUGGGAUUCACAGAGGAUGGAGCACAGUGGGUUGUGGAUAACACUGAUAUUAAACUUGUUGG